GAACGAAGUGGAUCGAGCGAUGAAGAUGAAGAUCAACCGCGCCUGCGACCUCAGCUCCAUCUCCGUCCUCCCUCCUCACGCCAGGAGACCAACAACUCUACAAGCUGGAGGACAAGCAUCGCAUCUGCAAACUCAGCAACAGUCGCAACAAUCAUUUUCUCAGGGACUUUCAUCACAGCAUGGGCUAUUUUCUCAGUUCUCUCAGACUUCUCUGGAUGAAGUUUUAACGAACGAUCUGAGAUAUAGUUCUGGAGAACGAGAGAACUCUAAAAAGAACAUACCUUCCUUAGCUCGGGUCAAUCGUACGCGAGAAGAGAGUCAAAUGCCAAUCUCAAGAAAUUCCACCAAACUUAUCCGGAAGUGGAGUGCCAGUUCCUCAUUAGAUGGUGGAAGUCAGAUAACAGAAGAACUUGAGCGCAGAAUUGGAUUGAUGGAAGCUUCAUUGAGCAGGUAUGGGAUAGUAGUGGAUUCUGUCCAGAGUGAUGUCAUGCAAGUAAACAAAAGAACAAGAGAAUUAUCCCUAGAAGUGGAAAGCAUACAGCAGAAGUUGAUGAACCAGGAUAACUCAUUGCAGCAGAUGAGCAAAGGACAGGAAGAUAUCAAAGCUAGCCUGGAUGGUUGUUUCAAAUCAAUAUCUGAACAACUCAAUAAGCACAAAAACGAGGACAGAUUGCAGGAAGUCUUCUCAGCACUUUCAGCUUUACCAGAGAAGGUAGAAGGACUAAUGCUGAAACUACAAGAUCAGCUUCAAAAUACCUUCACUAAAGAAAUGCAGGCAGCACGACAGAUCCUGCGGGACCAAAAAUCAGCAGCACCUGCUGUUCUUCCAGUAAAGGGUACCAUCAUUUGUGCUCUCCCACAAAGGAAAGCACAACAGUUACAAAGUUCAGCGGCAAAUUCAGCAGCGCAUUUGCAAACCAAUUUGGUAUCGAAGACAGAAAUAGGAGGGUGGACGUCAGUGAAGUCGGAAAAAUCAACUUUUGCUUCUAAUAUGCCAACUAUGAAGCACAAGCAAAAAGAUGUGUUAUCAAACAGAAAGGUCAGGGUGGAUGAAAGAGAAUGUCGACUUGCGAUUGAGUCGGAUGAGGAGAUUGAUGGUGGAUUUUCUUGCUUACUUGAUGACAGGGAGACAGAUAGGGGAAGCUCCAUUACAGAUGAAGUCAAGGUAGAGACGGCACGUAUUCUAAGGAAAGCGAGGAAACGAAAGUGGAGGUCUUCCAAAACUAUAGUCAUUAAUUGAAGGCCAAUGCUUCUUCCAUAGCUUGGUGUUGGAAAUAAGGCUCAAAUUCCUGGCGGAGAGGAGACAAGCCUCUGGAAAAGCACAUCCGGUUCUGCUGAAUAACCACGGUAAGGUAUCUUCUUACCUGACCGAGCGUCGUAAACUGCUGUAACCGUUAAUCGUACACGUAAAUCUGGUGUAACUAUGUCGCGGACAUUUACCUAGCUGUUUACAUCUUAGUAAGAUGUACUCACUGGAUAUAUCUGUAGCAUUUCAUGAUUGAUAUUCUGGAGAAUGAAGUUGUCUAUUAGACUUUCGCUGAA